AUGAUACCACAGGUUAGUGAAUUAGUUGUACUUCAAACGAUCUACUUAUUGUUACAGAACGGUGAAAGUGUCAGAGUUUCACUUGUUAAACUGACUAAUGAGAUAAGAAACAGCGUUUUAGUGAGACAGUUGUCAACGGGUGAACCACCACUCGACAUUAACGAUAUUUUAUCAAUCGUGAAAAGAGUGCUACCAAAUCAAAGAAUCUCAUUAGUAGAUGGUCAGUUAAGUUUCCCACACUUACAACUAAAUGAGCUAAAACAAGAAAUCCAAUCGAGACGACAGUCGUUACAGAGUUCUCAAUUACAAGUUAUCAAACAGUUAGAAGAACAGAUUUUACACCCACGUAAAGUGGAUCCCAAGAGAGAGAAAUUACUCCAGUUAUACAGAGAUACAGUCUUGAACAAGCUGAACAAAUCGCAUACUCUGGAUCAACUCUACACACAAGUACCGCAGGAUACAAACGUCACAAAAUUGCAUAUCGCCCUUGAUAAUAUAAAGAACGACACACCAGCGAGUGUCCAUGAGCUGCAAUUGACGCUACAGCUUGCCAUCUGCAACGCAAAGGCGUGCACAAGAACCGGUUCCAAGCAGUGGCAGCUAUGUACACAGGCACAGAUAGACCUAGACGAAACUGUUCAAUUCAUGAGAAGGGCAUUAGAAUAG